GCCCGUGAGGUCACUGGGUGCUGCUUUCAGCAACUCUCAGUUCUCAUUCACAAGACUUGGUCUGUUUCCUCAGCCCUACCUGGUUCAGGAAGCUGAGUACUGUGCGUGGUGCUUGCAGGAGCAGAGAGUGUCACGCCAACAAGAGAGAGCAGCUGCUGCCCCAGCUCUGCUGCAACAUGCAAACAUGGCCACGGAGACAGAGUGGAACUGCCCCAUCUGCCGUGACAUUCCAGGUGAAAUCGCUUCUGUAACACCCUGUGUCCACCUGUUCUGCUUGGGCUGCAUUGUGCGGUGGGUCAAAAGGAAACCAUCGUGCCCCCUGUGCAGGCAGGCUAUCAACAGCAUCAUUUACUCUGUUCGGUCAGAAGAAGACUUUCUGGAGAUAGUUCUUCCAAGUCCCUCAGACUCAUCAGCUGCUCACCACCAGGAUGAGCAGGGGGCUGCAGAGUUGAUGCCCAGGGCUUAUGUAGCUGGCUUCCCACCUCAGGUCUGGGCAGAUUUUUUCCAGGACUGCUCAGAAGUCCUCGAGCCCUUGCUGCCCUGGCUGAACCAGGAGCUAUUGGAGCUGCUCAGGACCCGCUGGUGGGAAGUGGCUCUGGCACAGAGUGCCAUCGUAGCCAAUUUGUGCCGCUAUGGGCUGAGUGAGGAGGCCUUGGUCCGGGAGCUGCAGCCCCUGCUGCAGGAGCAGACGGUGGCAUUUGUGCGCCGGCUCAUCGAUGUUGCAGCUGACAGGUGCAGUGAUGAGAUCGUGCGGCAGAUGAAUCUCCUGAACUCCCAUGCUGAGGAGGAGGAGGAGGAAGAGGAAGAGGGUCCCACAGCUAUCCCUGGCCCCUCUGCAUCCCCCCAGGGGAUUUGCCCUCCCACCCUGGUCUCCUCCUCCAGCCCUGUAGUCUCCAGUGUGGAAGUGGACAUUGGAACGUUGGAAGCCACCCUCCGCGGCGUGCCCGGGCGCUCUCCAUCCACGCCCAUCCCUGCAGAGCGGGAGCAGCCCCCGGAGGAGCCCAGCAGCCGGGCAGCAGCAGUAGCAGGCCCCUCUGCCCAGGGCUACAGCCGCAGCACUUCCGCUCCGGGCCGGGACAGGGACUGCUUGCCCGAGGGGCUCCGGCGCCCAGCCAAGAGGGGGGCCUCUGGCCCUCAGGACUCUCCCCAGCCCCCGAAGAGGCCGUCCCGCCGCCGGCGGCACAAGCCAAGAACCCGUGAUAGUAGAAAAAGGAAAUAA